AGCGCCGUUUUAUUUGGCGUAAAUGUAUACUUAAAAAAAGUUUACAAAGGUUUAAAUGUUUUAGGGAGGAUUUGGGUUAAAAUGAGUGUUUUUCGUAAUGCACUGUUCCGGGUCAGGCCAAGUGUUGGUCGCUAGGGGGCGGAAGUGUCUCUUCCGAGCUACAACCGUUGACCCGCGCGACUCGCGUAAGAACAGUUGGACACGAAGACGCGGCAACACCACAAACAACAUGAGUGUCGACGUGAAGAAACUGAAAGUCAACGAAUUGAAAGAGGAGCUCCAGCGCCGCGGCCUGGAAACCAAAGGCCUGAAGGCGGACCUGGUGGAGAGGCUGCGAGCCGCGCUGGAGGCUGAAGCUGAUGCUGACCCCGAGGAACAGGCGGAGCAAUGGGACGCUGGCGAGGAGUUGCAGGAGGAGGAGGAAGAGGAGGAUGAGUUUGGGCAGGACGAUCAAGAAGCAGAAGAUGCUGAAGAGCCACAGGACGAUGAUGGCGAAAGUGAGGCUCUUCUUGAAGAUGAAGAUGAAGAUGAGGGAAGAGACUCAGGCGGGGACUUUGAGGAAGAGGAGGCUGUGGCUGAACCGGAAGAAAGUCAGCAAACCUCGGACUCCGGUGUUCCUGACUUCACUACGGAUGUAGAGAUGCCCAAGUUAGAGCAGAAAGAAGAAGAGGAAGAGGACGAACUACAACAACAAGAGCAAGAACAAGUGCCAGAGCGAGAACUAGAGCAAGAGCUAGAGCAAGAAAAAGAAGAACCAUUGCCACUUCUGAAAACAGAGGAGGACACACCAGAGGUCAAAGUGGAGAUCAAAAAGGAAGACCCUGAGCCUGAGCAGAGGGAACAUGGAGAGCAGGAUUUGCCUCAACAGCAACGUGGAGCAGAUCAAGUCAAGGUCGAAGGAGACCGAGGAGGCCACAGUCGCAAACGUCCCCAUGAAGAGAACAGAGGCUACAACUACUAUGAACACAGAGAAGAGAAGCGGUCCCGCACACCACAGCCUCCUGCUGAAGACGAGGAAGAAGAUAUAGAUGACACCCUAGUGACUAUUGACACAUACAACUGCGAUCUACACUUCAAAGUGUCUCGAAACCGCUACAGUGGCUAUCCACUCACCAUCGAAGGGUUUGCGUACCUGUGGGCUGGAGCACGGGCUUCUCAUGGGGUCACCAAAGGUCGAGUGUGUUACGAGAUGAAGAUCAACGAGGAGAUCAACGUGAAGCACUUGCCCACCCACGAGGUGGAUCCUCAUGUGGUCAGAAUUGGAUGGUCACUCAACUACUGUAGCACUCAGCUUGGGGAGGAGCCCUUCUCUUAUGGAUACGGUGGAACUGGGAAGAAGUCAGAAAACAGUAAAUUUGCCGACUUUGGGGAGAGAUUUGGAGAAAAUGACGUCAUUGGGUGUUACAUUGACUUUGACACCGGAGACGAGGUGGAGAUGUCCUAUUCCAAGAACGGCGUGUCACUGGGUGUAGCUUUCCGUGUGACCAAGGAAGCUCUGGCGGGCCGCGCCCUCUUCCCGCACGUUCUGGUGAAGAACUGUGCUGUCGAGUUCAACUUCGGGCAGAAGCGUGAGCCGUUUUUUGAGCCUCCAGAGGGAUACACUUACAUCCACAAUGUCGCUCUUGAAGACAAGAUCAGAGGCACGAAAGGGCCCAGCUCCAAAUCUGAGUGCGAGAUCUUGAUGAUGGUUGGUCUGCCCGCCUGUGGAAAGACCACCUGGGCCAUCAAACAUGCCGAGGCCAACCCUGAAAAGAAAUACAACAUCCUGGGCACCAACGCCAUCAUGGACAAGAUGAAGGUGAUGGGUCUUCGGCGGCAGAAGAACUAUGCUGGACGCUGGGAUGUUCUUAUCCAGCAGGCCACCCAGUGUCUGAACAGACUCAUCGAGAUCGCAGCACGCAAGAGGCGCAACUACAUCCUGGACCAGACAAAUGUAUAUGGAUCAGCAAGGAGACGAAAAAUGCGUCCUUUUGAAGGUUUUCAACGCAAGGCUAUUGUAAUUUUUCCCACGGACGAGGAUUUUAAAGAACGAACAUUAAAGCAAACCAAUGAGCAGGGGAAGGAUGUGCCCGAUCAUGCUGUUUUAGAAAUGAAAGCCAACUUUUCUCUGCCCGAGCCUUGCGACUUCCUGGAGGACGUGACGUUCGUGGAGUUGCCGAAGGAUGAGGCGGAAAAGUUGCUGAAGCAGUACAACGAGGAGGGCCGCAAAGCCGGGCCGCCACCUGACAAGCGCUUUGACAACAGGCAGGGCGGGUUCCGCGGUCGAGGCGGGGGCGGCAGCUUCCAGCGGUACGACAACCGGGACAAUUCCCGAGGCGGCUACCCGGGCCGCAGUGGAGAUGGCGGUAACGGAUACAGAGCUUACAAUCGCGGAGGCUACAACCAAAACCGCUGGGGCAACAAUGACCGCUAUGGCAACUCUGACUCUCGUGCUGGAUACAACCGCAGCCAGCCGCCAUCACAGAGCUACAACCGGCCUGCUCCUUACAAAGGAGGCUACAGCCAGGGCUAUAGCCAGAGCUACCAUCAGCCGUACAACCAGGGCAGCUACAACCAGAACUACUACAGCGGCUACAGCCAGUACCCGGGCUACAGCCAGAGCUACAGCCAGCCGGCAGCCUCGGCACAGUCGUACAGCCACCAGCAGCAGCAGCCGCCGCCGCAACAGCCGCCUCCACCGCAGCCUCAGACGCAGCCUCAAACUCAGACGGCGCAGCAGCAGAGCUACAACCAGCAGUAUCAGUAUCAACAGUACGCUCAGCAGUGGCAGCAGUACUACCAGAACCAGAACCAGUGGAACCAGUAUUACAGCCAGUAUGGCGGGUACCCCGGACAGGGCAGCCAAGGUUCCUCAGGAUCCCAGUAGCCUGACAGCCGCACCACCGCUCCCCUGACCUCCCACUGACCUCUGCAGCAAAUCAAAUUUGUACAUUUCCAGUCGCCCACGUCACGUCUCUGUCAGCCUUCGUCUCUCGGCGUCGAACACAGAACCUGUGUAAAUUUUGAUGUCCCGAUUUUAUUGUAUUUUUUUUUUUUACAGAAGUCUUAGAGGGGUGAGGUGAUAGAUGGGUGUGUAAACAAAUCAUGAAUGUUAUCUAUUAUGCAUCAGAUGUGGACGAGUCCUGCCGUAGUGACUAUAGGAGGUUCAUGGAGAACGUGUGUCUGAGACCGGGCAGAUGGCACCGCAGAACCUGAAUAAACCUGCUUGUUUUCAGAAUAUGAAAUGUGCAUGCUUUUACUUUGUUUCCCCAUUUUUGUUUUACAGUGAGCGCGUUUCAAUUGCUCCCGCUAGAAUUCCAAGACCAGGGAGGAUUUUAUAGAUGUCAAUAUUAGUAUUUAAACGUCGAUUGACCACGGUAUUUUACCACUAUUGUCGAGUAGUUUUUUUUUCUUUUUCUUUUUCUUUUUUUUUUUUUAAAUCCCUGUGUGAUUGCUGUUCAGUUGAGUCCAGUAGACGAUUCCUGAUCUGUCAAACCCAUUUUUUUUCUACUUCAAAAUUCUAAUUAUUAACCUGGCUUUCUUGUCUUUAUACAAUAAAUGCAAUUGUAUACUCUGAA